AUGUCUGGCUUUAAAUGGUUAUUUGUUUCUUUCUUUCUUUUUUAUCUAUCUCAGUCUGUUCACAUCUAUCUAUCUAUCUAUUUAUCUAUCUAUCUAUCUCAGUUCAAAUCUAGGUCUGUUUAUCUAUCUAUCUAUCUAUCUAUCUAUCUAUCUAUCUAUCUAUCUAUUUACGCACUAGACAAUUAUUUUGCUGCUUGUUUUCGUUUUCUUCUUCUUCUUCUUCUUCUUUUUUUCCAUUCUUCUUCUUCUUCUUCUUCUUUCCAUUCUUCUUCUUCUUCUUCUUCUUCUUCUUCUUCUUCUUCUUUAUUCGUCUUCUAUUACUUCUUUUUUCUUCUUCGUCUUAUGCUUCUUCUUUUUUGUCAUCUAAUUUCUUGUUCAUCAUCAUAUUUUCUUCGGCUUCUUUUUUCUUUUUUUUCUUCUUUCCUGCUACUUUUUCUUUUUCUUCUUCUUCUUCUGCUUCUUUUUUGUCAUCUACUUUUCUUCUUCAUUAUUUUCCUCAUCCUCCUCCUCUUCUUCUUCUUCUUUCUGCUCCCACCAGGUAUGUCAUGCGUUGCUUUCCCUCUAUUCAACCUGUGUAUCUAUCUAUCUAUCUAUCUAUCUAUCUAUCUAUCUAUCUAUCUAUCUCACUCGAUUCAUUUUUGUUGUUUUUAA